GCAUAAGUUUGACUCUACUGUUUGUUGUGAUCACAACACAACAAACUUUGUGGAGUCAUUCAAUGCAUGCACAAAGACCUUCAGAGACAUGCCUGUCUUCUCAUUAUUGGAAGCAAUCAGAAGUUGGUGUAUGCAGAGGGUGGGGGCUAGAUUUGACAAGGCAGUUGACAUGGAGGAAGGUCAGCUCACUGCAUAUGCAUUGAAAGAGUUAGAGGAGAGGACAGCUGAGUCCAGGUUAUGUUAUGCCACAGCAUGUGGAGGGGGUGAAUUUGAGGUUAGGGAUGGACAUGUCAACUUCCCAAUUAGGCUUGCAACAAGAAGUUGUGCCUGUGGGAAGUGGCAGAUCUGUGGAAUCCCCUGCAAGCAUGCACUGAGGGUCAUAUAUGACCAAAGGAUGAACCCCCAUGAUUUCAUAUCCCCAUGGUUCAAGGCUGCUGCAUACAAGCUAACCUAUGCAGAACAUAUUCAUCCUAUGGCAGAUCCAUCUCAGUGGCCUGACUUUGGCCUUCCUUCCAUUCAGCCUCCAACCAUCAAAAGACCAUCUGGCAGACCUGCUAAGAAGAGAAAGAGAGGGGAAAAUGAACCAAAGAAAGGGAAGAGGAACACAAAUGUGAAAUGUGGAAAGUGUAGAGAGUUUGGUCACAACUCAAGAACAUGCAAGAGUGGAGGAACAAGUGCCACUGGACCAAGCACUUCAAAGAGUGGUGCAGCAGGAGCAAGUACAUCAAAUGGGGGACCAAACACAAGGAAGAGGUCAAAGGCAGCUGCAUAGUCACCUCAGUUGGCUAUAUUUUGUGAAUUGUAGUGCACAAAGCUAAACUAACUUAGUCAAAUCAGUUUAGUCAGAAUCAGUUUAGUUAGAAUC